AUGUCGUCGCCGCGCUUCAAGCCGCUGAGAACGGCGCUGGUGCCGCUCAUUACGGACCUGCGCGCCAAGUUCUUCCACGGCAACUCGGCGGCCAGCGACAACUCGCGGCAGGAGCGCAAGCGGGCGAAGAAAGUGGAGCGCGCGAGGCAGAAGGCGCUGGACCAGCAGUAUGUGAACAACACCAAGCUGCGUGCCGAGCGGCUGGCUCGACUGGCGGCGCUGCAGAAGCAGAACCCGCUGCUGGCCAACGUACCGGACGGAGUCGCGGCGGCGGGCGAGCCGAUGCUGCUCAAGGAGAACGGAGAGGAAGAGAAGACGAAGGCUGCGGAGAAGGAGAAGGACGAGAAGGAGAACGAAACCGAGCAGCUGCACUACCACCGCGGGUGCUACACGUGCAAGGUCAAGUUCCGCAAGCUGCACCACUUCUACGACCGCAUGUGUCCGUCGUGUGCGGAGCUCAACUACAAGAAGCGGCUGCAGAAUGCGGAUCUACGUGGACAUAUUGCAGUCGUCACGGGUGCGAGAGUGAAGAUUGGUUACGAGAUCACGCUCAAGCUGCUUCGUAGUGGCGCGAUGGUUGUGGCCACCACGCGGUUCCCGAAAGACGCGGCCUUCCGGUACGCGAAGGAGAAGGACUUCGAGGCCUGGAAGGACAGGUUGCAGAUCUACGGCAUGGACUUCCGUGACCUGGGUGUGAUCGACAAGUUCAUGGACCAUAUCGAGGAGACUUUUGGGAGUCUGGACAUCUUGGUCAACAACGCGACGCAGACGAUUCGGCGCCCCGUGCACUACUUUAAGCACCUGAUUGAGUGCGAGGUGGCCCCGGUCCCGGAUGACAUGGCUCAGGUCAACCAGAUUCUGCGGGGCAACGCAAACCUUCUGGGUAGCGCUCCUGCGGCUGCCAACGUAGAGAGUGACAAUGUGCCUGUCAACGGUGCUGCCAUCGUUAGCGCGAAUGGAGUCUCUUCGACGGCCAUCUCCACCGGUGCGGCGUCCGCGCCAGCAUCGGUGCACCUCUCGCAGAUGCCCCUCGUUGCCGAGGACCAGCAUUCCGAGGAAACGGCAGCCUUGUUCCCCAAGGGCCAGGUGGAUAACAACCAGCAGCAAGUGGAUCUGCGCACUUCGAAUUCGUGGGUCCAGAAGAUCAACCAGAUCGAGACAAUGGAGCUCGUGGAGGUGUUCGCGAUCAACACGAUGGCACCGUUCAUCCUCAACAAGCGUGCGAUCCCCCUCCUGGAGAAGAGCAAGAACCCGCGUCGGUUUAUCAUUAAUGUCAGCGCCAUGGAGGGUAAAUUCUACCGCACCAAGACGGCGAACCACCCGCACACGAACAUGGCAAAGGCUGCGGCGAAUAUGAUGACGCGGACGUGCGCCGAGGACCUCGCUCGCAAGGGCAUCUACAUGAACUCGGUCGAUACUGGCUGGAUCAACGACGAGAACCCCCGCGACGUGGCCGUCCGCAUUGCGGACACCCACAACUUCCAGACCCCGUUGGACGAGAUCGAUGCCGCAGCGCGUGUGCUGGAUCCCAUCUUCUCUCUGUUCCAGGAGGGCCACACGGACGAGCCUAUCUUCGGUCAGUUCCUGAAGGACUACACUGUGUCAGAGUGGUAA